UCCUCAUGGCGGACAAGAAACUGGUGGUGGUUUUUGGCGCCACAGGUGCCCAGGGGGGCUCAGUAGCGCGGACACUCCUGGAAGAUGGGACGUUCAGGGUACGAGUGGUGACCCGGGACCCUGGGCAGCAGGCAGCGAAGGCACUGAGGCUGCAAGGUGCAGAAGUGGUGCAGGGAGACCAGGAUGAUGAGGCCAGCAUGGAGCGCGCCUUGACCGGGGCUUUCGCCACCUUCAUCGUGACCAAUUACUGGGAGAACCUCAGCCAGGAGCAGGAGGUCAAGCAGGGAAAGCUGCUGGCUGAUCUGGCCAAGCGCCUGGGCCUUGGCUACGUGGUCUACAGCGGCCUGGAGAACAUCAAGAAGCUGACGGGUGGGAAACUGGCUGCUGGCCAUUUCGACGGCAAAGGCGAGGUAGAGGAGUACUUCCGGGACAUUGGCGUUCCCAUGACCAGCGUGCGGCUGCCCUGCUACUUCGAGAACCUCUUAUCCUACUUCCUGCCCCAGAAAGCCCCUGAUGGAAAGAGCUACUUGCUGAGCCUGCCCAUGGGUGACAUCCCCAUGGAUGGGAUGGCUGUGGCGGACCUGGGUCCGGUGGUGCUCAGCUUGCUGAAGGCGCCAGAACAGCAUGUUGGCCAAGACAUUGGGCUGAGUACCUGCAGGCACACCGCGGGGGAGUAUGCUGCCCUCCUCUCCAAGCACACCGGCAAGACUGUGCGUGAUGCCAAGACGACUCCAGAGGAAUAUGAGAAGCUGGGCUUCCCUGGGGCCCGGGACCUGGCCAACAUGUUCCGUUUCUAUGCCCUGAAACCCGAUCGCAACAUCGAAUUGACCCUGAGACUCAACCCCAAGGCCAGGAGCCUGGACCAGUGGUUGGAGCAGCACAAGGAGGACUUUGCUGGGCUGUGACCGCCUGCCUCUCG